AUGCGACUCAAGGAGGACUUCCGGCGCCGGGACCCUGCUUCCCAGUUCCUUGGCUCCACGGGACCUGCUGGCCGGCAGCUGCUCUGCCCCCAGACGGGAGCACAGCAAGCUCUGGCUUCAGCCCUGCUCAGCACACUGCAUUUCUCCCUGUUGCUGAUCCACAGUGUUCACCUCGUCUUGGGGGUUGGACAGUAUGUUUUCUGGUUCUCCCUUUUCUGUAUCGCUGCUGUGUUUCUGGGUCCACGUGGGUGUCACCUAACUGGAACGCUGGCUCUGCACCAGGCCUCUUGUCCCUCCUCGUUUCCCUCCGAACACCCGCACGCCUCCUCCUCGCCAGCCCCGCUGCCCCUUCCCCAGCCUUUCUGGACCCUUGCUGCCUUUCUCACCCCACUCUUCUCAGAGCCACUCCCGCACCCGUGGCUCGUGUGCACCCCUCAUAACCUGCGGUCGCUGUCUGCCUGCUUCACUCCCUGGACUCUCUCCCACAUCCGGUCCCUUUUGGACCUUGUCGCUCGGUCUCAACUCUGA